GACCCGUGGCACAGGAAGGGGUGAGGAACAAACUGAAAGAGAGAAAAAGUCACCGGGCUGGAACUGGUGGCAGAGGGUGGCUGGGGAAGCCAGACCCACUUUCCUUGGGUGCUGCCCUGAGCAUUGCCCUGGCUGCCAGGUCCCAUCGCCUUCGCGGGUCCCCCAGGGGCAGAGGCCACCAACCAGAGGGAUUGGCUUCCGUUUUCUACCUUGAACUUGAGCAUCCAGGCGAGGAAGAAGCAAGGCUCUAGGGAUAAAGGGCUGAGCAGGGGCACAGAGGAACUGCAUCCUCCUGCCACAACGAGGAUGUGUUCUCUGCUCUUCUGCUCCCACACAGACCUUGGGAAGACAGCACAAGGCUGAGGAACAUGGAUAAAGGCUGAGGAGCCUCAACUAACACUGAGCCAGCCAGGGGACGUGGGGCUGUCCAUGGGACGGCUGUGCUGCUGCCAACACAGUGCUCCUUGCCCAGGGAUUACCCAUGUCACGGGAGGCCUCUGAUGGAAGAGGUUUGGAUCAAUCGCUACCGCAAGCAGCUGGUGAGGUCCAUCUCACCGCAGUUCCUGGAGGAGAUCAUCUGCUACCUGCGGAGGCUGGACCUCCUGACAGCAGAGGAGGCCAGCCGGGCACAGGAGGCGAGCUCCCUGCCUGAGCAGGUGAGGGCAGUGGUGGACAUCCUGGCUGGCAAGGGCAGCUAUGCCUCCCAGUCCCUGCAGACCUUCAUCGAGACCAGCAAUUCCCAGCUGUACCUUCACAUCACUGUCUAUGAACCCAUGGUGCAGAAGCACCUGGAGAGCCUCCAAAGCUACUAUGGGAAUGGCUUGGAGAUGGGUCCUCUCCAGCGACUCACAAACUUGCUGCUGGUGGAAGGCUUGACUGAUAUCCAGCAGAAGGAGCAUGACAUCCUGCAGAUUGAAGCCACCAAAGGCCUACGAGAUGUAGCCAAGAGCAUCCCUCUGGAGAAGCUCUUCCUGCCUCUCUCCAAGGUUAGCAUUCCACCUCGGAUCUCUGUCACCAUCGGAGUGGCCGGGAUUGGCAAAAGCACACUGGUGAAGCUGUUCGUCUACACCUGGGCAAAGGGGGAGAUCAACAAGGACAUCAUCUUUGUGCUGCCCCUCACCUUCCGGGAACUCAACACUUACGAGAAACUCUCUGCUGAAAGGCUCAUCUGCUUGGCAUUCCCUCACAUCACCGAGCCUAACUGCAUCUCGGCAGGAGCUGCCAGGACCCUACUGAUCCUUGACGGCUUGGAUGAGUUCAAGACACCUUUGGAUUUCUCCAACACGGUAGUGUGCACUGAUCCCAAAAAGGAGAUCCAAGUGGACAACCUGAUCACCAACAUUAUACGUGGCAACCUGCUGCAGGAGGCUUCUGUCUGGGUCACGUCACGGCCGACAGCAGCCAGCCAAAUCCCUGGCGGGCUUGUUGACCGGAUGACGGAAAUACGAGGUUUUGGAGCUGCAGAGAUGAAGGACUUCUUGGACCAGAUGUUCCUUGACAAUAGAGACCUAUCCAGCCAAGUCCUGCAUCACAUCAGGGCUAACAGGUCGUUACAUGUCCUGUGCACUGUUCCUGGCUUUUGCUGGAUUUCUGGCUCCUCAAUUGGUUAUUACCUAAAAAAUAGUACCAAUAAAUCCCAAGAAACAACUGUCGUCCCCAAGACCCUAUCAGAAAUCUACUGCUAUUAUUUUAAAAUGGCCCUGAGCAGUGAGUGGCCAGAAAAGCCAAGAGAAACUCUAAGGAUCGAGCAGGCUGUGAACAACAGCAAGAAGAUAGUGGGCAGCCUGGGCAGACUGGCUUUCUACGGGCUGCUCAAAAAGAGAUAUGUAUUUUAUGAGCAGGACAUGAAGGCAUAUGGCAUUGACCUUGCUUUGCUGCAGAGCAGCUUGUGCAGUCGACUCCUACUCAAAGAAGAGAUGCAGUCCUUCACAGCCUACUACUUCUCCCACUUAACCCUACAGGAGUUUCUAGCAGCUAUUUAUUAUUACACGGCUGCCAAGCGGGCAAUAUUUGACCUCUUCACGGAGAGCGGGAUGUCCUGGCCCAAGCUGGGUUUCCUCAACCACUUCAAGAGCGCUGUUCAGAGGUCACUGCAGGCAGAGGACAGGCAGCUGGACAUCUUUGUGCGUUUUCUCUCUGGGCUUCUCUCCCCACAGGUGAACAAGCUGCUCUCUGGGUGGCUUCUGGUGAAGGAUGAGCACAACAGCUUCAGGAGCCAAGCGAUCAGCUUCCUCCAGGGCUGCCUGAACACUGACUAUGUCAUCUCCUCACGGACAGUCAACACUAUGCACUGCCUGCAUGAAAUUCAGCAUACAGAGAUCGCUAAGACUGUGGAAGAAGCAAUGAAGAAUGAGAGCUUGGCUGGGAUGCUCAGCCCCAUGAACUGCUCUGCCCUGGCUUAUCUCCUGCAGGUCUCUGAUGUCUGUGUGGAGGAGACGAACCUCUCCAACUGCCUCACCUACAACGUCUGUAAGAGCCUGCUCUCCCAGCUCCUCUUCUGCCACAGCCUCAGGCUGGACAAUAACCAGUUUAAGGACAACGUGAUGGAGCUUCUGGGCAGCGUGCUGAGUGUGAAGGACUGCCAGAUCCAGAAGCUCAGCUUGGCAGAAAAUCAGAUCAGCAACAAGGGAGCCAAGGCUCUGGCCAGGUCACUGCUGGUGAACAGGAGCCUGACAGCACUGGACCUUCGGAGCAACGCCAUCGGCCCCACUGGAGCAAAAGCACUGGCUGACGCGCUGAAAAAAAAUCAAGUCCUGCUCUCUCUGAACCUGCAGCACAACACCAUCAAGGAGGAUGGUGCCACCUUCCUGGCCGAGGCCCUGCUGACCAACCACAGGCUGACAACCCUACACCUGCAGAAAAACGCCAUCGGAGCCCACGGUGCCAGGAAAAUAGCAGAGGCACUGAAACAGAACUGCAGCCUGAAGGAGCUGACACUCUCCAGCAACUCAGUAGGAGACAACGGCUCAGUUGCCUUGGCUGAAGCUCUGAAGGUGAACCACAGUCUGCAAAGCCUCGAUCUCCAGAGCAACUCCAUCAGCAGCGCUGGGGUCACUGCGCUGACAGCAGCUCUCUGCUCCAACAAGGGACUCGUCAACCUCAACCUGCGGGAGAAUUCCAUCAGCAAGGAGGGGGGCCCUGCCAUCGCCCGCGCCCUGCGGACCAACGGCAGCCUCAGGAAGCUGGACUUAGCAGCGAACCUGCUGUACGAUGAAGGCGUCAAGGCCAUCGCUUUAGCGAUGAAGGAGAACCGCGCGCUCACGUCCCUCCACUUGCAGUGGAACUUCAUCCAGGCAAAAGCUGCCACGGCCCUGGCACAAGCACUACAGUCCAACGGCAGCCUGGUCAGCCUCGACUUGCAGGAGAAUGCCAUUGGAGAUGAGGGAAUGACUGCCCUCGCUGCCGCGCUGAAGGUCAACACAACCCUGGCAGAUCUCCACCUGCAGGUGGCUUCAGUUGGUGCAGCUGGUGCCAAAGCCCUGGCAGAAGCCUUGAUGGUCAACAAGAGCCUGCAGAUCCUGGACUUGCGAGGAAACUCCAUCGGCGUGGCCGGGGCCAAGGCAAUGGCCAACGCGCUGAAGGUGAACCGCAGCCUCCACUGGCUCAACCUGCAGGAGAACUCCCUGGGCAUGGACGGAGCCAUCUGCAUCGCCACCGCUCUGAAGGGCAACCACGGCCUCACGUACGUGAACCUGCAGGGGAAUCGCAUCGGCCAGUCGGGAGCCAAGAUGAUCUCUGACGCUAUCCGGACAAGCUCACCCGACUGUGUUGUGGAUGUGUGAGGGUGCCUGGCUGCCGUGAGAGGUGGCCCAGUGGGUCCCUCUGGCCAGCGUGCCUCCGCAGGGAGCUGCUUGGCCUGCUGCCCGCCCGUCUCGGGGAGGAGAACCAGGGCAGGGAGGGCUCCUGAGCUCCCUGGCACAGCCCAGGAGGACCUAGGGCCUCCAGAGCAGCAGUGCAGGGGGGUCAGAACUCGCCAGUGUUGAAAGGUGGGGGACGUACACCCAUCUCCCUCUACAUUCAGGCCCUGGGGGAGCUUUGAGGAAUGGGUGACAUGCAAAAAGGAGGGAGGAGGGGGCAGAUCCCACGUGCCAGCCCUCCUCAUUUGUGUGGGUGACGUUUACCUGCUGCAGCCAGUGGCAGCAACCCCUCCUGUGAUCUCCGUGGGGUUACAGACCCUCAGACCCUGCCCCAGACCAGGCACAUCACAACCACCCCGGGGCUCUGCUCCCAGUGCCAGCUCUUCUCCAUCUUCUUCUGGCAGGGAUCCCAGGUGAAACAGGGGCAGGGUUCCCAGCCGCCCCUUCUCACCUGGCUGAACACAGCGGCGUCCCGCAGGCUCCCCUGGAAGUCCCAGAGAGAGGCGGAGGGUUGCUGUUGUGCUUUGGAGCUGGGCGCACCAGAGCAGGGUCCCCAGCAGCGAGUGCAGCCUGUGCUGUUUGCCAUCCCUCAGCAACAGGUCGGUGCUGCCCAGCGUGCCUGAAGUGUUUGGCAGUGCUGUUCCCGAUCGGAGACGGGCAGCCCCAGGCAUAGGGGUGGAACCAUCUAGAAAGACCUUGGAAAAUGAAGAGCUCUCAGGCUGAUGGGAGGAGGAGUGUAAGAGGAUGGGCCGCUGUCAGCACACACGUGUGGGUACCACACGGGGAUGGCCUUAUCAUGGAGUUCUGCCUCGACUUCUUGGGGCUCCUGCUCUUGUCAUCGGUGACGAGUUGUGUGACCUUGGGACACGUCUUCCCCAUGUCCCAGCUGCAGGCAGGGGCUGGCCCUAGCAGGUCACCUUUUGGGCAGGUGGCUGCUGAACGCAGAGGUGCCAGGUGCUGCCUUUGUGCGCAUGACAGUGACCCAGUGACUCUCUAAGAAGGUUUGCAGGUGGACCAGUAGCCAAUCCAUGUGCCGCACGCCCCCCUGGCUCUCUCCAGCCACCGCCCCCUUGCCCCCCCCUCCACCCCAGCCAGAGCCCGCACCGAUGCGCUGCUGUCCCAGGGCAGUACGUGACUGCUUCAGGGGCCUGACCUGGAGAAACAGCGGGCUGAGCUGUGCAGUAUGUACAUACCUGGAAAUAAAGUGGUUCCCAGCUGAGGUGGUGCCUUGGGCAGCCUUCUGCUCUUGCCUGACGUUACACUCGGGUGCACUGCGCCGCUGCCCCAGCUGCGGACCCCAGCGCCUGUCCCGGUGUGAUGAGGGCUCGUGGCAUUUCCAUGAGGCGCAGGGGCUGGUGCAUGGUCACCACCAGGACGCAGUAAUGCUGGGUGGUGUAAGCCCUGCCUCUUCCACCGUGAUUGCAGGGCAGAUUGAGGCUCAGGUCCAGCUCUGCCCAAAGCCCGUGCCUAACCCUGUGCCGAAACAUUACCCAAAACACCACGGAGAGCAUGACCAACAGCCCCAAGCUGGCUCCUGUGCCCUGCAGCACCAGGCAACAGGGAGAUAACAACAAUUUGAAAUAUUAUUUAAUUGCACAUAUGUAGCAAUGCACGAAUGCUUCUGAAUGCUCAGGUGUGCAGAGGGCACAGUUGCACUGCCCCCCCGCUGCUGACGGCACUGCUGGUCAAGCCUGGUGCGAGAAGCUGCAAGGCAACGUGUGGCCACCCUGGAACCCGCAAGCUUGGUGGCAGUGCUGCCCCAGUGGGUCUGUGUCUGCACACCAGGGAUGCAGCCCGCCCCCCGUGUCGGCUACAACGCAGGAAAUAACAGAGAAAUCUGUAACUCUGAAACCGCAGCCCAGACUCGGGGACUGGGCCCAGUCUCACGGCAGAUCCCCCUCACGGGUCAGACGUACCUUGGCACAUGGGGAGGACCCAGGACGGAUUCCAUGUGUAACAUGGAAAAAUGUUUUUGGAAUGGGUCCUAAAAUCGGGACAUUCUCAUCCCGUGGGAGAGAGAUGUGGUGACCACAUGCACCUUCUCACCGGCUCUCACCCCCACGGCUCUGCAGCAGGCAUCGCGCACUGAGAACGCCGACUUCUGUCUCUGCUCCCUUUGAAAUGAGGUGCAAAAUGCCAAUUAACUUCCUGGUGUGCCAGGAAGCGUCUCACCUGCCAGGCAGCUCAGCCCAAGCCUGUGUGACCAUGUGUGUUUCAGCGCAGCACUGCACCCACACGUGCCCCGUCGCUACACGAGAACCGCGCCGUGUUCACCUGCAAACUUUUGUCCCACCUUGACGUGACAUUUCAAGCCCUGAGCUCUGCUGAUGGGGAGCUGCCUUGGGUGUGACUGUUCCACCCUUGGGGUCAGAGAUGCAGAGAGAUGAAAAAGCUCUUGGUUUUCAAGUAACUCACAUGUAUUCCCUUCUCCAGCACAGUAAUGGAGGGGCUGGAUCUGACCCCAGACUUCAGAUGAGGGAGCAGAGCAAAGUACUUCACUGAUGUAAAGAAAGGGAAGAACAGAACAGCUGGGCCUCUCACCUGCCCUGAUGAACACACACCAAAAUGAACUCUUCUAAUCAAGCACUGAUUUCUGCUCCCGUAAAGACAAACCGUGAUGCUAAAGCAGAGCUGAAAGGAAAGAGGCAACACACCAAACUCCAGCUUCUGCCUUCACCUGAACAUGCCUUCACUGAUGGCAUCAGCGCAACUUACUGAACAGAGCCCAGUUUUUCACCCAUUUGAGUGCUUAAAUCCGAGUCCUCCCCAGAAGUACCAGUAUAACUAAAGGGCUAAUUUCCUACAGGUUUAGUCACGGCACAGUCCUGCACUGCUGCUCUCAGGACACUCAAGGACUGCCCACUGAAAUCUGAGAACGCUGGCGCAGCUGAAAUACCAAGUGGUGCUGCACUGAAGGUGGUCUUUGAGGACCCUUUCACUAGUUUCCCAGUUUUAGCUUCACUGCUUUAGUCUAACUGGUGCUGCUCUUUGUGGACACAAGCCCUUGAUUAAGUAAAGGAUAUGUUUAGGAUAAGUAGA